AGUUUAAUUGCGUGCCCGGGAACUGCGCCGAUUUGGACUUUUGGCACUUGGACGUAUGCUUUAAAAAGAAAAAAGUGUCAUUGGCGUGGAGUGGGGCUAGUGGAGGGUGAAGUGAAUGCGGCGUUUGGAAACCACAGGACAGUGAACGUUUUGUCUUUCCCAGCGAGACUCUCCCGCGAGCCCGGCGGCCGCCUCGGGAGCCCGGCGGAAACAUGGCGGCGCCCGGAUCCCGUGGCCGCAGCCUCUCCGGCCUGCUCCCCGCGCAGACCUCGCUAGAGUACGCCCUGCUUGACGCCGUUACCCAGCAGGAGAAGGACAGCCUGGUCUACCAGUAUCUGCAGAAGGUGGACGGCUGGGAGCAGGACUUGUCAGUACCCGAGUUUCCGGAAGGAUUAGAGUGGCUGAACACAGAAGAGCCUGUUUCUGUCUACAAGGAUCUAUGUGGAAAAAUAGUCAUCCUUGAUUUCUUCACCUACUGCUGCAUAAACUGUAUUCACCUAUUGCCUGAUCUCCAUGCAUUAGAGCACACAUACUCUGAUAAAGAUGGUCUUCUCAUUAUUGGUGUUCACUCAGCUAAGUUUCCAAAUGAAAAAGUCCUGGAUAACAUUAAGAGUGCUGUUCUUCGAUACAACAUCACCCACCCUGUGGUUAAUGAUGCAGAUGCCAGCCUUUGGCAAGAACUAGAAGUUUCCUGCUGGCCAACUCUAGUCAUACUUGGACCUCGCGGAAACAUGUUGUUUUCUUUGAUUGGAGAGGGACACAAAGAUAAAUUAUUUUUAUAUACUUCAAUGGCUUUAAAGUAUUACAAAGACAGGGGGCAGAUCAGAGAUGAUAAAAUUGGAAUAAAACUCUAUAAAGAUUCUUUGCCACCUUCACCAUUGCUGUUUCCUGGCAAAGUAACAGUAGACCAAGUUACUAAUAGAUUGGUAAUAGCAGACACUGGACAUCAUAGAAUUUUGGUCGUUGGGAAGAAUGGACAAAUUCAAUAUAGCAUUGGAGGACCCAACCCUGGAAGAAAAGAUGGAAUAUUUUCAGAAUCAACUUUCAAUUCUCCACAGGGUGUAGCCAUAAUGAAUAAUAUCAUAUAUGUGGCAGACACUGAAAACCACCUUAUAAGAAAGAUUGACCUAGAGGCUGAGAAGGUGAGCACUGUAGCUGGCAUUGGAAUUCAAGGUACAGAUAAAGAAGGUGGAGCAAAAGGAGAACAACAACCCAUUAGUUCCCCUUGGGAUGUAGUUUUUGGAACAUCAGGUUCAGAGGUCCAAAGAGGUGACAUUUUGUGGAUAGCCAUGGCAGGGACUCAUCAGAUAUGGGCACUCCUACUGGACUCUGGCAAACUGCCAAAGAAAAAUGAGUUAACAAAAGGAACCUGCCUUAGGUUUGCUGGAAGUGGAAAUGAAGAGAAUCGAAACAACGCCUAUCCUCACAAGGCAGGUUUUGCCCAACCUUCAGGCCUUUCCUUGGCCUCUGAAGAUCCCUGGAGCUGCUUGUUUGUAGCAGAUAGUGAGAGCAGUACAGUGAGAACCAUUUCUCUGAAAGAUGGAGCAGUGAAGCACCUCGUAGGAGGAGAAAGAGACCCCAUGAAUUUAUUUGCUUUUGGUGAUGUUGAUGGAGUAGGAAUCAAUGCAAAGCUUCAGCACCCCCUUGGAGUAACAUGGGACAAAAAAAGGAAUUUACUUUAUGUGGCAGACUCCUACAAUCACAAGAUUAAAGUUGUGGAUCCAAAAACAAAAAACUGUACAACAUUAGCAGGAACUGGAGACACAAAUAAUGUUACCAGUUCCAGUUUUACCGAGUCAACUUUUAAUGAACCAGGAGGCUUGUGUAUUGGAGAGAAUGGACAAUUAUUGUAUGUGGCAGACACCAAUAAUCAUCAAAUUAAAAUAAUGGAUUUAGAAACAAAAAUGGUAUCUGUGCUCCCCAUCUUCAGAUCUGAAAAUGCUGUAGUAGAUGGCCCAUUCCUGGUAGAAAAACAGAAGACAUUACCCAAACUACCUAAAUCUGCUCCAAGCCUUAGGCUUUCCCCUGUGACUGUGUGUGCUGGCCAGACUCUUCAGUUCAAACUCAGAUUGGACCUCCCAUCAGGAUCAAAGCUAACGGAAGGAGUACCCAGUUGCUGGUUUCUAAGAGCUGAAGGCAAUGAAUGGCUGCUUCAAGGACAGAUGCCAUCUGGGGAUAUAGAGAACAUUUCCAGUCAACCAACAAUUUCACUACAAAUUCCUGAUGAUUGCUUAUCACUUGAAGCCAUUGUAUCUGUCAGCGUGUUUCUUUAUUACUGUAGUGCAGACAGCAGUGCUUGCAUGAUGAAGGCAAUUUUGUUCAGUCAGCCUUUACAAAUAACGGAUACACAGCAAGGUUGCAUAGCUCCUGUAGAGCUCAGGUAUGUAUUUUAGCCAGCCAGCUAGCUAGCAACCCGUUGCCACCACCUGCUGUCCCCCAUCCUGACUGUUUCUGUAAUUUAAGGAAAGAAGACUUCAGUUCUGCCUCUGGAUAACAAGAUGCCCAUUGCUCAGUUCUAAUAACUGAUAUUAAAAUAAAGCUAUGCUUCUUACUUACUUUUUUUAUUAUAAACAAACUCCUUUGCUCUGGCUGAUACUAGCUGAGUCAUUGAUCAUCAUUGGAACUGUGAUACUGUAAUCUGUGUUGCUAUUUGGCAUAAGACUGAAGUUCACACUACAGUAGAGAAUACUAUAAGAUAAUUUGCAAUGAAUACUGAUAAUAAUAAUACCAGAUAUUUUAACUAACUUUUUCUACCUUUAUUAAUAACAAUCAGCACACUUGAAUGUGUAAAUUUUACAGUAACUUUAGGCAGAACUUAAGCUCCAGUCCACAUUUGUAUAAGAACACCAAGUAUUCAAGGCAUAAAGUCUGUUGUAAGCCAAAAAAAGGUCUUUUCAUCACUAUAGAAGCUUAAGGAGUACAUCAGUGGUAAAUACGAUCUUUAUUCUCUUCUGUGGUUUUCUCAGUUGAGAUAUUUUUAAAAGAGAGUUUUUAUCUAUUUUUAUUAUAAAUUAUUUGUUGUUUAACAUACCAUUAUGAAUGCCUUAAAACUGUACAGAUAAAGUUGGACAUAGAAUCUCUAAGCACCGACUCCUUUAGCUGUUUUUGAGUGACUGUAUUACCAGAUAAUCCCAGAAGUAUUAUGACUUUCAAGGAAAAAGGGACUUCAGGACACAUUACUUAUUGUCUGUGAUAAAUAAUUUAUUUUGACAGCUAAAUUUGAUGGUUAUGUAUCUUGUUUUGGAAAUGUACAUUUCACUUGUAAGCAUUAAAUGCAGAUUUGUUGGGUUUAGGUUUUGAGGUUUUUUGUUCCCCUAGUCAGAAUUUAAAUUAUGGUCAUUUAUUGUGAUGUUUUUAAAAAUCACUUUUAAGCCUUCAAAGUGAAAUUUUCAGUGUGAGGUGCUUUAAUGCUGUUAAUAGAUACAGUAUAUCCUAAUAUAUUACUCUUCAAAAUAUUAAGGCCGAAACAGUGAUUUAAUGAUACUAUUUUUAAAUUUUUGUUUUUUAACCCUUAAAAAAGAUACUGAAAAGGUUUUUUUCUAUUGUCAUAGUUUAUAACUACUUAAAAGCCUCAUCUUGUUUUUCUUAAGACCUAUUCAACAUGUUUGUGAUUUAAUCAGCUUACAAGAUUUUAAACACAUCAGGUAAACCAUGUUUAUUUAUUCAAAUAUUUAUAGACAUUAUGGCAUAAUAUGCUUCCCUUCCCUGUAAAAACAGUGCUAAAUUUGAAGUGUAAUCUUUUUUAAGCAUCAUUGUCUAUUUUUAAUUUUUUUUUUGAAAUGUAGUACUAGUUUGUUUUAUUCAAAGGUUAGCUGAAUCUCUGAAGUAAGGAUGUGUAUAAAUCAUGACAUUGAUUUAAUCAGUCAUCUGCUGAAACUACUUUUAAAGAGAAAUAUAGAUAUAAAAUUAAAAGGAAUCUUGUUUAAAAUUGUAUGUAAUUACCUCCUAAACCUUUUCUCUCUGCAAGCAAUCAAAAAAAUGAAAUGUUCUGUAAUAAAAGGGUGUAUAACAUACUCUCUUUUAUGGAGAAUAGUCCUUAGUUAUUUUAUUUUAUUUUACUUUAUUUUUGAGACAUAGCCUGGCUCUGUGGCCCAGGCUGAGAGUGCAGUGGCACGAUCUUGGCCCACUGCAACCUCUGCAUCCCGGGUUCAAGAGAUUCUCCUGCCUCAGCCUCCCGAGUAGCUUGGAUUACAGGCACACGCCACCAUGUCCAGCUAAUUUUUUUGUAUUUUUAGUAGAGACAGGGUUUCACCAUGUUUGUCAGGCUGGUCCCAAAUUCCUGGCCUCAGGUGAUCUGCCCGUCUCUAUCUCCCAGAGUGCUGGGAUUACAGGCGUGAGUCACCGUGCCCUGCCGGCCGGCCUUAGUUAUUUUUUAAUCUCAUUUGACUUACUAUAUUUCUCAUUUCUAGAUGGACAGGAUGAGAAUAUUUUGACCCAAUCAUUUUCUGUUUAAGGACAUAAACCAUUUCACACUUAAGAAGCAUAUACAAUUUUAAUUUGCUAAUUUAGAAAUAUCUGACAAUUUAUUUUUCAAUAUAAUAUACAAACACAAUGUUUGUUAUACGUGUUCAUGUACAGUGAAAAUGGAAAGGCAUUUUUUAGAAUCUAUUCCCCUUCAUUUGUCUAGACAGUUUUAGGUUAGCCUUAGCUUAUACUUUUCUUGACUUUCAAAAUACAGUUUUAUUGAACAUUCUUAUUCUUACCCACUGCCAGUCUGCAUUGUUUUUGACAUUAAAAGUAUUAUUUAUAUAGAUUAAUAUGAUUUUGAAUAAAUCACACUUAAGCAAUAUAAAUAGGUUCCUAGAGUUUAUGACGAGGAUAAACCUCUCACAUAAGAGGAAGCACUAGAAAGUUUAUUUUUGAAACUCGAUCCAUAUCCUGUAAGGACUUCUGCAUAUUUUUUAUCUUUUGCUUUUCUUGUUGCAUAAAUUAUUAUGUCCAGUGAUAGUUUAAAAAGAACAAGAUUUUAGUGUAAGUCACCUCAAUUGAAAUGCCAGUAAUGUGGCAUUACAUACAUUUUAUAUAAUACCUGAAUCUUUGCCCUAAAUUAUUCUGCUAGUUUGUCACUGUUUUUUUCCUCUUCUCUUUAUUAUUUCACAAAUGGUAGAAUUUCUUGAUAUGAUUCCUGUAAAGAGUUUAGCUUAUCUUGAACAUUCUGUCUUAAGCAAAUAUUUAACAAGGGAAAACUUUGUAGUUCAAUCACCCAUAAGUGUAACUCUAGCAAAAUUCAAUGACUAUGAAAAAUAAUUUUUUUCUUAACUGUUCUAAUAAUAUUUAGUUAUAGUGUUAUCACACCUUCAGAAAGCUAUAAAUCCUAACACAGCCAGAAAAAAAAAAUUUAGUAUGUGUAUAUUUAUAUAGGUGUGUGUGUACAUACACAAAGAUUAAGAAUUAUUUGUGAUUCUUUUAUGGCCAAUAUACUUUUGAGCUUAUACAACUGAGAUAAAUUACUCUUUGCUUGUUUUUCUGUAAUUGGAAAAUUUAGGAAGAUAUUGAAAAUACAUAUCUCUAUAAUGUAAUAAUUUUCUGCCUGCACAAAGUUUACUAUAAUUUAUGUCUACCAAUUACAAAUACAAUAGUUAAUUUGGCAUCACAUUUAACCACAGUCAUCAAAAUCUACUUAAAUUCUAUAGUUGACAGUUACAUAAGAAUAUAUACAGUGGGAAAAUGUCAGUGGUUCUUGUGAAUGAUGGAAUUAUGGGAUGUUUUUAUUUUAAUUCUACUUUGCUGUUUGUAUUUUUUUUUUCUUUUCAGUGAGCAAUGUGUUAUUUUUAAAAUCACGGUGGAGGGAAACCCAUAAAGUUUAAAGAGUUAAAGUUAACUGAAUCAUAAGCACUUAUAUAAUAACUUUUUUAAAGUCAUUUUUAUUACCAAAGCUCAGAACAUUGUCUGGAAUCCUUUGAUCUACCGGUUCUCUUAAGUAUGUGAUUUUGUGAAGAUAGCAAUGGUUAUGGCUUCUUUUGUUCUGGUAUUUUUAUUGUGUAACGUAGCAUAGUGGUUAAGAGCUUGGAUUUUGCAGUAACUUGGAUUCUGAUCCUUUAAAAUGGGCUAAUGUACCUGCCUCAUAUUCAAUGAAAUGUUGUGUGUAAAGCGCUUAGUAAUUAAUGAAACUGUUAAUUAUUGGCUUAGUUACUAUAAUGCUAAUUUGGGACCAUAAACACAUAUCACCCUACAUUUUCUUUGCAACUGCAAUUUGUAAAGGAAAAUCUCCCACUAACUAUUGGUUAUGUUAAUAUUCUUCAUAGAGUUGGGUUCAGGAAGAGAAAUGUUUUAUAAUGAAGCAUGUAACUAUUUUAUAAACAACAUUAUAGUUAUAAAGAAGCAUGCCUAUAGUGUCAUUAAAAUUUUUUUAAACACUUUCUGGAGCUAUAGGUAAUGAACUUGCUUUGAGAGGGUCCAGACAUACUCAUCCUAAACCACAUUCCUACAACUUAUGCCCAACAGCUUGCACCAGAGUACUUACAUCUUAACCAAAAAGUUUCACUCCAGUGGUGCUUCACAAAAUCUUGAAAGUGCUUUCACAUAUAUUGCCUCAUUUGAGCUUCAAAUAACCUUAUAAAUCGGUCAGGUAGAUGUUAGUUUACAGAGGAGGAGACAGCUUUGCGAUAGUGGUGACAUAUCUGAAGAAUAGAAAACUCCCAGAAUAGCGCUCGAUGCCUAAAGUGGUGCCUGGUGCCAGCAGAUGUUCAGUUCUGUCAAACAAGGGGAAAUAGUGAGUGGUGGAGCCUUUAUUCAGACACAGGUCUCCUCAUUCCUAACUCUUAAGAUGCAGGGGGAAAACAAACUGCUCAAUUAAGAGUUCUUCCGUGGACGUUUUCUUAAGCCUUCAAAUAAACAGAAUAAUAGAUAUUUAUUGAGUAGAUAUUUAUUGAGUUCUAUUUGCCAGCACUCAUCUAUUAGUGAUGAGUGACCUUAUGUGAGAAAUACCGUUUUUCCUUAUUUAAUUGGUGAAGAAACACACAGAGAGGGUAAGCAUAAUCAAAUACACCAGCAUAACCAAAAUCACACAUUUAUGGAGUGGCAGGGCCUGUUGGGAGUCUGCUUAACUCUCUGCUAUAUUGCCUCUCAAAGUAGGUUUUCUUAAAACAUAAAUCUUUCAUAACUUUAUAUAUUUAUAGUAACUUAAUCCAAAGAACCCCAAAAGUACUAGCAAUGAUGGUUUCUGCAAUUUAAAUCUAUUUAAUUA